AUGGUAUUUAAUCAAAUUAUGUCUUAUUUAUUAUAUUUACUUGAACGUUCAAAUUUCGAUUUAAUUUAUUUAUCAUGGUUAUGGAAUUUAUUUAGACCAUUAUGUAUUGUAUUAUUAGCAUUAUUUAUUUUACCAGCUAUUAUACUUAUAUUUAUGUAUUGUUCAUCAUUUUUUUGUUUAAUUUAUAAACAUUGGAAUAGGCUAAAAGCUGCUUAUUCAGAAGAUCUUUGGUAUGGAGCAAUAAAAACUUUAGCUGUCUUUUGGGAAUUACAAGCCACUAUAUGGCAUGGAAUUCUAUGUUCUUUUUAUCAUAUUCUACAAAAUGAUCAUGUCUAUCGAUUAGUUUAUGGUUAUGAAGUAGAAGGAUUAGAAAAUAUUCCAACUCAGGGACCAGUUUUGAUUGUUUUUUAUCAUGCUGCAUUACCUAUUGAUUUCUAUUAUUUAUUUGCUAAAAUAUGGCUCUAUCGUAAUCGACGUGUACGAGUUGUUGCUGAUAAAUUUGUUUUCAAAAUUCCUGGACUUGCAAGCCUUCUUGAAGCACUUGAAAUUCAACCAGCAACAUCAGCUAUGUGUAAAUUAAUGCUUGAAGAAGGUCAUGUACUUGCUGUUGCACCUGGCGGUGUUCGAGAAGCUCUUUUUGGUGAUAAGAAUUAUAAUUUAAUAUGGAAAGAAAGAAAAGGUUUUGCUAAAGUUGCCAUCGAUGCUAAAGUUCCUAUCAUUCCAAUGUUUACAAAAAAUUGUCGAGAAGCUAUACGUGCUAUGACAUUAGGUCGUCGAUUUCUCAGUUAUAUUUAUGAAAAAACUCGUUUACCACUUGUGCCUAUUUAUGGAAUAUUUCCAGUAAAAUUAAUUACUUAUCUUGGUGAACCAAUUCCUUAUGAUCCAGAUGUAACACCUGAAGCUCUUGCUCAUCGAGUUAAAAAAGAAAUUGAAACAAUGAUUGAAACUCAUCAACGACGUCCGGGUAGUAUAACACGAGCUUUCUUUGAUCGAUUUACUAAUUCAUCAAAAAACGAAAGUUAA